CGCUUCCCGUGGAAGUGACGCAGUUGCUGGAGCAAAACAAGCACAUGUGAGCUCCACAUUUAAGUAGUGCUCCACACAACUUGACUCUGUGACCCAGGGUUAUGGACACAUCUCGACAUUACCCUCCGCCUGACUUCGGCAGUCCUCCGCCGAACUCCAUCCAUGUCUUCCAGCAACAGACACAGCAGCAUGACUCGCAGAAGGCCCACACCAGCAACUUCCAUGCCAGUAUGUGGACCUGGAGCGAGGCUCCCCACGACUCCAGGUGGAGCUACGGUCAGCAAGCAGGAUGGCAUCAAGGUCAAACGUUUGGCCCUGAAAGACAUCAGAGUGGACAGUAUGGCUGGAAACAAAACUAUAAACCACCAUUUAACCAUGGAAAAAAGAAACAAAAGAAAGAACCAGAAUUCCCCCAUUACUGUGACACUUGUGACCGUGGCUUCAAAAACAUGGAGAAAUAUGAUGAACACAUGUCCCAGCAUGUAAAGUGUUCUGUGCCAGACUGCAGCUUCAGAGCUCAUGAAAAAAUUGUCAGCAUCCACUGGAAAAAUACUCAUGCACCAGGAAAGAAGAGAAUCAAACUGGACACACCAGAGGAGAUUUCAAAAUGGAGAGAGGAGAGACGCAAAAAUUAUCCAACUCUUGAGUGUAUAGAAAAAAAGAGAAAGGUGAUGGAGGUGAGGAACGAAGUGGGAGCUGUCCUAGACAACACUCAGUUUGGACGGAUGAGGGGCAGAGGUCGAGGGCGUGGCCGAGGCCGGGGCCACAGAUGGGAUAACAGAAUGUUCCAAGAUCCAAGCCCACGAGGCCCACACCAACGGGAGAGCAGUGCUUCAGACAAAUCUUCACGACCUCCACAGACCCUGAGAGAUGCAGACCCAUUGGGGGUGCUCGUGAAUAGUGACCAUGGUGUGCAGUCUCAAACGAUAAAACAUUCCGACAAGGAGGAUUCAGCUGCUGACCCCAUGGCCAGUGUCUUUGUAGCCCCUAAACAGAUGAGCUCCGCCCUGGGCUCCUUGGUGGCCAACUACGGCUCCUCAAGUGGGAGUGAAAGUGACUCAGAGCCGGAAGCCAUGGCUGUCCGAAAAAUCAGAGAUGUUCUUCAAGAAAAUCAGGUUCUACUAUCAGACUCAGAGGACACGAGCAUGGUAAUGUCUUCACAUGGGACAGAGCGAAACACUGGCGUAAACACAACAAACGGCAGAAGAGGACAAGGAAAAGCGAGGGGAGGAAGAGGAAGAGGAAGAGGAAGAUGUGGUGGGAAACAACAAGACACAGGGAAAAAACCUCAUCCAACUCUACUUGAGAUGCUCCUUGCUCCUGAUAUUCGCCACGAGAGGAACGUUCUCCUGCAGUGUGUAAGGUAUAUUGUCCGCAACAACUUUUUUGGCCUGGACAGACCUCAACCAAAUGGGGAGCUCAAAUCCAUAGAAAUGCAUGAUAAAAGACAGGAACAGGCUUUUGAUUCCCAGGAAGUGAGGGCUUCACCUAGGCCUGUCUCUGAGGAUGAGGGAGAAAGAAACUCAGAACAAAUGGGCCCAGAAGUCAGAGACAUUGAAAGUCAGGGGGAUUUAGAAACAAACUUAGCUGCCGGUUUAGCCGACCAAGACUUACUUUCUACACAGAGGGUGACAGACACGGCAGGCACAAACACCACAGAUAUUACCAUAUCUGCACCUCAUUUGUAUGACGAUGACAUCUGGGAAACUUCAGAUGUAGUCUGUAAAGUGUAAACAUAUUACUUUAUUUGAUCAUUGUUUUUGUUUUAAAAUUUAAAAUAGAGACAAUGCUAUUAUAUCAUUUGUUUGUCAUUAUGUCAAGAUAAAUCUGAUAACUUUUUUUUCCACAAAGGCAUAUACUGUAUGCUUGUGAAUUUUUUUUUGUAAUCUUGAUUGUAACUUACAGAACCAAAUUUUCUGGUGAAAUAAAUGUAUUUAAUCAAGCAUUGAAAUAUUUUAAUUAAGUUCUGUUAUUAUGGUAAUAGACGUUUAGGUAAUUUGGUAAUUGUCAAAGUUUGCUCACUACAAAUAUAAUAUUUUUUAAUGAUUUAUAAACACAACUGCAUACAAUUUCUUACAACAUUGGCUGGAUAAUAAAUCCUGAUGGUCAGCUAAUUAAUUAACCAAUGUGGAAGGUUCUCUACUUGAAUAUUUUGAAAGACAUGAUAAUAUUCCUACAGUACACUGUUUGAAUUCCAUGAACAUGAAGUCCAUGUUCGAAAAGGUCCUCUUUUCAUGGCAAGUCAAAAAUAAAGAUG